UUUGCCACUGCGAAUUAUCGAUUUUUCAUCUCAUCAGCCAUCUUGAACGGCUGGAGCAUUUCGUCGAGCAGUAAAAAUAGUCUUAAAACUGUGAAAAACGAGUUUAGUGCAUUGAAUUUUGCUGUGAAAGUUUUUAAUAUAACUUGUUUAUUUGUUUGCGGGUAUAGAAAAGUAGUAACAAUUGUUCGUUUUUAUAAUAUAAGAUAUCUAAAGAAAUGGGUGUGUUGUGAAAGUUACAUAAGGUCUUGGAUGUAGGAAAAUUUAGAUUGAUGGUAUUAAGUAGAUCAACAAAAAGGAAAUAACAAAUGACGGGAAGUUUUAGAGUUCAGCUCGUUAAUAUGGGCACCAGAGGAGCUGCAUUUCAAGCUAAAUUGCGAUGUCUACAUGAAUAUCACGUACGACUGCUUAGUAAUCAAAUUCCAACACCAUCUGGAUCUGAUAUUGCGAACACUAUUAAAUAUUUUUCGCAGACGCUUCUUACUGUUCUUAAGGAUGUACCCUGCUCACCGCUUGAAAUGAUCAAAGACCCAUCCCUCGAUCAAUCAAGGAUGUCCAGCUACCCAAACCUGGAAUACCAAAAUUUGUAUAAUGCACUUACAAUGCUGUUAGAUGUCGCAUCCAGUAUCCAAAACGGGCUGAAUUUGUUCGGAAAAGCAUUGCUACAAUGUCUUGGCUGCAUUCUACCCUUCCUGGACAAGGACCUAAUUGAUAACCUUCCCUAUCUAGCUGCUUCCAGUAUUUCUGUUCUUCCACCGUCGUUACACCAAGAUAUUAUAAAUUACUUGUGUUACUACAUAUUGCCGUUCACGAUCACUCGCCAAAGUGACGAUGAUCAGGAAUGCCAUGCAUGUCAAUCGGUGUCUGCUGUUAUAAUGUUAGUGUUCCAGUAUUCUAAUAAUCCUGCACACCAUUGUCAGCUUCUAGAAUCUUUAAUGAGACUGAAGCAUAACGUCGUGAAAGAUUUGCUUUGCGUAAUCGCAUAUGGUACUUCGGCAAGUCGAGCUUCGGCUGCAAAAUUGCUGUUUUACUAUUGGCCCGCAUUUGAUCCUAAUCUCUUUGAUCGUAAAGGACUGUUGUGCAAAUUUACCAACAAUUUGGUGCCUUUUGUCUGUCAAAGAGAGUCAUGCCCUAAUGCUGGUAAUGCUGAGGCCGUUAAAGUGUGCUAUAAUCAUUGCAUUAGUAUAUUGUACGCCGUUGAUUCGCCUCCACCGUUGUAUUUGUGCAUAGAAUGUGCUAAUGAGAUACACCGAGACCAUCCAGAUCUUUCGUUUGGUGAUAUACUGCAUCCGAUGCAACAGGUAUCAAUGAUAUGUGAGAACAAGAAUUGCAGGUCAAGCGAUAAAUCAGCAGUGUCGAUUUGUUUUUCAAGCGAAUGCGCCAGUUACAACGGUAAUCACCCUAUUAGAUAUUGUGCUCAGUGUCAUGGCAACCGACACAACAGUAGGCGUGGAAUUGAUCACAUUGUACAUCGCAGCCUUCCACCGAUGAUGAUGAUGGAUGCUGAGAUGCAAACUUACAUGGUAGAAGCCGUUAUAAGCCUCCUCAGGGAAGCGAAACCCUUGAAUUUGGAUUUCGGUAGAGAUUCCUCGAGUGAUUCUAAGGGUAGUGCCGGAAAUGGAACGCAAGAUACACUAACCUUGGAAGAUCGGCAACUACUGGGGCGAUAUGGAAUAUGGCUUUUAGUUGGCCGAUGCAAACCUACUGUCGACACACCAAUUGAAAUUCUUGGCCGUUUAUUAUCAAUGCUAUUCCAUUGGUUUCACAUAACUGCAUAUUCGUAUGAUGGGCAAGCUGAAAGCACUUUGGAAAAACUUAAGCUGGAACACGUUUGCGGCUGGUUGAAGGAUGUUUGCGAUAGUCACUACAAAGACUUCAUUGACUGCCUCCUUCCUCAUCCACCUGAAUACUCUAGAGUUGGAGGCCAUUGGGAUACACUUGCUUCUAGAACAUCACAUCUCAAGGAAGGUCUUCAGCGUUUGAUAUGUCUGAUACCGUACGAGAUUAUUACACAACAAAUUUGGGAUACUGUAAUGCCACACUGGAUGGAAGCAGUCACGAACGAUGUACCGGAGAAGGAGUUACCCGAAUUGAAAAUUGUGCUGAGUAAAAUUCUAGAUCCUGAUAUGUCCCCACUAGGAUUCGAUGCCAAAGCAAUGUACAAUUUUGUGACCAUUCGCUUCGAGAAAACCACCGCCAAAGUUCAACAGCAGGCUUUGCACUGGUUGCAAAAUUUGACCAAACUUGAAAUUCUAAUUCCCCUAACGCAAUUAUUUGCCAUGUUUGGAGAUGGUGUACGCAUCAUGAAGCAUGGAAUGCAAGCUGAAUUCCAUUCAGAUAAGAUUGGAAAAGGAAGCAGCUCGAAGAUUACACGAGAUAGAGAGCUGCAACCACCCAGAAGAAGUUCAAUAUCACCUGUGGUGGAGGACGAUUCCGGAAACACUUCCGCAAUUUCGGAUGAUGAGGCACCAAUAUCAAGGCACACUGAAUUUUCAACGGAUGCCGAGCAUAAUUUAACAUGUUGCAUUUUAAUGCUUGAUAUAUUACUGAAACAGAUGGAACUGCAAGAUAUCGAACAACAUAGCGGAAUUUACACUACUGUCUGCGAUGGCGUAUGUAGAUUACUGAAAUGUAUGGUUACGGCGGCGAAAGUAGGAUUAGGAAAUCAUAUUUGCUCUUCAAAAGAAUGUGGAUACUGUGAAGCAUCAGUAAUGUGGCAUCAACUAUCGACAAAGCUCGUGCAAUAUCUGGCACCGUUGGAUGCGGUUAGACCACCGGACGCCCCAUUACCGGAAAUUAUAGACGAUGAAAAACCGUCGCGGAAGAGCCCACCCGAAUCUGAAAAAGAAAGUAAGAACAGAGAUCGCGAUGUUUCCCUUUCCAUGGCACCUCUACCCAUACCACUUGGACCCCUAGUUGUACCAUCUAUCCUAGAUGACGUUGGGAAAAUUAUAAUAAUGGCAGGUCCAGUUCCAGUAGCGGUUCCUCAGCCUGAACCUCACUCGGUUGGUGGCGUAUUAGUGCAUAUGCCGCAUGUUUGUUCUAUUCCUGAUGGUGGACGUGAAAGGGAUAUUUCACAAAUCAUCCACGCUACAGAUGAGAUUAUGACAGCAACUGUCGAGACUGUAUCCGAGCAGUUGGAUUUAGCCGCUAUAAUACCAUCGGAGAAGGUGGUCACAGCUGUAGCGCGAUCCGUGACGCUGUCAGAUGCAGACGUUGCCACGGCAACCGUUCAGAUUGCUAAGCCUACCAUCGUAGGAGACUCCACCGAAGGAUUGGAGGAAUCCGCUGAUUCAGAGACACACUAUGAUCUGGAGGACGGCGACGAUUUUUGGCACACAUCCGUAGGAAAAUUCAAAUUCACGAUCGAUAAUCUACCACAGUCGUUGCAAUACAUUCACCAGCUGUUGAAAGAGAUACCGACGAUUGAUAAGCCAGACAUUUUGUAUUACACCCUGCAAUGUUUGAAGAUAAUGGUGUUGCACGGCGAUGCUUUCACUAAGGCGGCUCGCGACGAUCGGGGAUUUUUCAUAUGGUGUCAAGAAAAUCUACUGAUUAAAAACUUGUGGGAUGUUUGUAACGCCGAACACUCUCAUAUUUGCGAAGUUUCUGUCCCAAUACUUCUACACUGUAUAACUUUACCCCUAGGAUCGGAUGUAUUCUGGAAUGUUGUACAAGAUGCCUUCCACGAUAGCGAUUGGCGUGUUCGUUUCAAAGCUGUAGAGCGAGUAACAGUGAUAACAAGAUUCAUGGAUUCAACACCACUACGUUCGGAAAUCAGUCUGCAGGCAUCACUGGCGACAGCCUUUUGCCAUCUUAUUGCAGCAUGUGAUGAUUUGAAUGUCCACGUGGCACAAAGAGCAACUUUGUAUCUUGGUACAAUCCACGAUAAGGCCAUACAAGCGUUGAUGUAUUGCCUAGAAUCUCAAUUCGAUAUGUUUAUAGUUGAUCGACCUGUUGUGCUUCAAUCAGUGUAUCAACUACACAAUAUGCUAUCUGACCGAAAAGUACUGUCUUGGGAUUUCUUCUUGAACAGAUUCGAUACUCUAUUUGUAGAAGCACAAGUCAAUCUGGAAAAGAAUGGUGACAUUUCUCAUCUCAGAGAUUUACGAAAUUCAGAAAACGGCAGUGAAAUAUUAUCUACAAAAAUCAACAAAGCUCGAGAAGCAUUAAGUCAGUCAGACACUUCUGGAAGUAUGUCUAAGACGUUGAGUGCUUCAUUCGGUACUAAAUGGCCGUAUAAAAGAACAAUGUCAGCACCUGCCACAAUAAUUCCAAGACAAGAGUCCAAAAUCGAGAAAGAAAAGAUCUACAAUCGACAAGCUUCAGCGCCGAUUUUCAAAAGAAAGAGUUCCCGUUUUGGAUUGGAUGGACAUAUUCAUUCUAUAGGUGGAGCUGGUGAUGAUUUUAACAUGUCUGGAUGUCUGUAUCGCGUUAUAGAUCUCGAAGAGGCUGACAAGGAAACAAUACAUCUUUUGGUAUUUUUAUUGAUGCAAUUCAUGUCACGUGCAGACUUGGCAUAUCCUACCGAUGAAAAACCAAUGGUUAAGCAACAAUCUAUAGUUUUGCGGCAUCUAUAUCUGCUCCUUGGGUAUAAUCAAACGGAAAAGCUAUUCCACAUACCACCUACGCGACUUAGAACGUCGACUGUAUUCAACUCGUUUGUAGCAAACUUACCACAAGUCUUAGAUCAAAACCAUUUAAUGGGUUGGUUGCUGUUGCCAACAGUGAUACAGGUUCUCUUGUAUGCUCCAAAUCAAGGUAAUGGUCUUCUGCAAACUGGAACCGAAGCCAUACCUAGUGUUUCGUAUACUUUCUCGCUGUGGUAUAUGGAAAUUCAAGUCCGUCGCAACUGGAUGAUGUCUUUGCUUGUAAUAUUGUACAAAUACCAAUACAACCAACCACCGUAUGCUGACCAGAUACAGAACUUGAUAAGGAUCGUCAUAAAUUCUCUUGAAUCCCAUUUCCACCAAUGUCGAAGGAUUCCAGCUACCGUUGUAAUGGAUAUGCCUUCGCGUUCCAGAGACAUGAGUCAACCAUCACUGGGUACUGACCAUGAUGAUAGACUACAGGAAACUCCACCACCAAGUCCAUUGUUUACUUCAGAAGGACCGUCACAUGGACAUGGUCACUCUUCAAAGCAAAAACCGUCAAAAACUAACCCAUUAGGAUUCCGGAAGUAUCCCGACUCUAGCUUGGAAACCGAUGAUACAGAAUCAGAAUUGGUUGCCAUACCGGAAAGUGAUCCUUCCGACAGUACACUCCAUUUGAGCAGUGCACCGAACUCCUUUGACGAUACUGUUCAUUUCGACAAUAUAUGUGCACCGCUGAAGCCUGAACUGGUUAAAAACAAAGUUACUACUCAUGUAACGACAGCUAAUUUGGCCACUGCACAGGUGGCAAUUUCAACUAUAACAACGGGAGAAAAAGACGAUAAAGCUGAGCUUUCCAAAAAGCUACAUAAAAUUAUGGCGUCUGCAGGCGGCAGUGACAAAUCCCCCACUGAUUUUGGAACAAGCGCUGCAUUGGCACACAAAACAACUCCAACUUCAGUGCCACAGAAGUGCUCUGUACAGGAAGGAGUGCGUAUGAUGGUUACUUCUUCGAUGUUGGGUCAACCAAAGGCUCAAGCUAUUCUUAAUCCGCCAGCCAACGUGCAGAAAGCUAUUGUCGUUAACACAGAAUACAUCGGUUGCCAUACCGAAAGCCAAAGAAUCAACAGUUUCCAAAGUAGUAACUUGCUUCAGCUCAAACCAACCUAUGAAGAAUCGGUCGAAUACAGGGAUCAAAAGCAACCAACAGUGGAUAAAUCUAGACCCCUGACAACAAACCACGAGUCAACAUCCAAUUGGUCCGAACAAAGAUCAGUGUCACCAGCGCAGAAAACUUUGGGCCGCCAAAAACGAAUAAUCGAACCCAGUUUAACUCCAGCAAGUACCCCGAUAUCAAACAACGGUACACCCCAGAACACAGGAGAACAAACCGCUAAAAUGCUCCACCGAAGCGAUAUCAGGCAUUUUGAUCGUUCUCUUAACUAUGCUUCUCCAGAGACACCACUUUCAAAAAUGGACCUUAUGAUUCCACCGACGACAGAAAUGGCUGAGCCUUUGUUGAGUCCCAGAAGUAUCGCCCAGUUAGAGAUUCCCACCCCAGAAAGAUUGCUGCCGAUAGGGCAACAUGGCAAAGAGGGGAUUUCUGCACUAGUGGACAAAGUAAGAGAAGCACUUACGAUUCCUGAUAUCAGCCAUCUGAAGCACGACAGUCUUGAAAUAUCUGAUAGCGCCGGAAGCAAUAAAGACGAUAUGGUCGUUAUCAACAGUCGUGGUGCAUCUCCACGCAAACUUAUCAAGCAAAUAGCCUUAGAAUCUCCUCCGCAACCAGAAGACGUACACAGCACUAUAUUGCGUAGCGUUUCAGCAGAUGUGAAACCGGAAGUUCCUAAUCGUGAAGGAACUCGGCAAGCUAGACAAAGACUACGGAAAGUAGGGCCAUUUGCCAUCGGCUCAAUCAGUGCAUCGGAUAGUAAAAUACGAUAUGCUGGAUCAUGGGCUCCAUCCAGCAAGGAUGAUUCUGACGGGGAAGAUACUCAAAUCGGAAGUAACAGUUCCGAAAAGCCGAGUGCGUCCAGAAUUGGAGAUGAAUGCAUCUGUGAGCGAUGUUCAGAAUGUGGCGCAAUUAAGGAAGAAUAUACGGAUGAAGAAAUGGGAAUUAUGUUAAUUAUUUUAGGUACAUUUAUCCACCGAGAACCUGCUCUUGCUGCACCAUUUCUACCAGAUAUUCUGACGAUUGUUUCAAGAGUUGCACUCCAUUCUACCUUCCCAUGGCAAUGUGAAAGUGCGACACAUCUUCCCGGAGGAUCACAGUCUGUCGCGCAUCAGUUCAUACGUUGCGUCUUGCAUCAGUUAGCUCCAAAUGGCGUAUUCUAUCAGAUAUUUUUAACACAAGCCAAUGAAACCGUACGCAGGAAAUUCUACAAAAGUGUAGCCAUUAGUUUGAAUGAUUUCACGGAGCUCAACCCGACCAGCCCGGUGCAGUUGUUGGUGGAAACCCUGAACUCCAAGAAAACGCUGCCGGUGGAUAUGCUGCCGAUUAUAUUGAGGAAUUUGUCGGAGUAUUUGCAAAGCAUACCGAUUGAUAACAUCAGCGGAAGCAUUUGGACGACGGCAGUGCAGGGAAUCGACAGCUUGUUCCGUAGAAUUGUAUUCAUUCUACCGAGCCUAGAUGAAGCAGAUAGCCUAUUACACAUUAUGACAUCAAUCUUAAAAGUACCACAACUGUCGAAGAAUGUUUUGGAACCAUUUUCGAAAAUCCUAAGCUAUGGGAUUCAAAAUCUCACUUUGUCUCAUAAGGUGUUAGUGGAUUUAUGUCAUUUGAAUAAUCGUGCUUUUUCGAAAGAACGUGACAAACUCCAAUUAUGCAGACAAAUGGUGUUUGAACUGGUGCAGGCGUUAAAAUUCAAAACGAAUAUUCCGGAUAGUAAUCUCCUGCUAUUAGUUGGAAUUCUGCUACAGGAUGCUGGAGGCGCUUUGCCACCAGGCGUAAUUGAAGAUUUACCGGAAACUCCUCCUCAUUUCAGUUGCAACAUAGCAGAAUGCAUGCGACAGACGUAUUUGAAUGAUGUAAUGGAGUUUUUAGCAGACUUCCACACUCUAAGCAAAAUUAAGAAUUUCAAAAACGGUGGAAUCACGACAGGUUUGAGCGAAGAUACCUUAGGAGGAGUGUUGAAAGGAGCCGUUGCCCAAUACCUUGCCUUGGAAAUGUCACGAGGCAAUUCGAGGGAUAACCGGGCAGUAUCCAGAUAUUUACCGUGGUUGAAUAAUGCUCCUUCAUCGCUUCAACAAGGACCGAAAGAGUUUACGGAUUGUGUUGGGCAUAUGCGAUUACUCUCUUGGCUUUUGAUGGGCUCAUUGACACACACGGCACUGAUGGGUAAACGAGGUGGUCAGAUCGGACAGCAUGGUGCAGCGGUACAUUAUCAUCUCCAGCAUCCAGUGAACACAGUCGCACAACCCGUGCCACAGGAAUCGAGCUGCCAUAUAGCAGAUCAUAUUCAAGUUAUAUUUGCUGGAUUUGCAGAACAAUCCAAAACAUCUGUCCUACACAUGUCAUCACUGUUCCAUGCAUUUACCCUAUGCCAACUAUGGACAGUCUACUUGGAACAGAUAGCCUGCGCUGCGGCGCCUUCCUCAGAAUCCCAUAACAUUACCAUGGGUAUUCUAUUCGAGUUUUGGGCUAAAGUUACGCCCUGCAUUUUACAAUUGGUGUCUCAUUCAAAAUUCCAGUUUUCGGAGAGCGUCAGUUUACAUUUUCUCAGUCUACUGGAAGCAUUGAAAGAAACUCGCUCAACUGUAUUGGCAAAGCUGUUACCACUGUGGACGCCUGUGCUAUCUUCAAACACUCCUCUAUCCGGUACACAGCAUGUGCGUUUGCAAAACUGCCGUGAUGCAGUUCCCAACGCGACCGAUCAGGACCUGCAUGCUUCGGAAGCACUGCUGAAAUGGCUGCAACGACUACAGUUUAAAAUGGGCCAAAUCGAACUGCAAUCGUCUACAGCUACUCAAUUCUAUUCAAUAUAGAUACAUGUUUUACAUUGAUGUACUGAUUAUUGUUACAUGAUCGUGAAUAUUUAUGUCUAACUGUUGCCCUCUCUGAUGCAUGUAACCAAAUACAAUAACUAAAACAA